AUGGGUAGUGGACUUGGCCAGCGGCCGCUCUCAGAAGUGAGCCCCAUGGCGCAGAGACGCAACUCUCCCAUUUGGAACCAAACAACCAAGAUGCCAGCUGGCGAGGCCUCGGCAUACGAUGUCUCUCCUCUCAACAACAACACAUCAUCCCCGCGUCUCUUCUGGAAGGGUCGCGACUCUCCAACUCCUUUUGCCAAGGGCGCCGAAAACCGAAUGCCUUACGACCCGGAAGGCUCCUACUUCCCCGCGCGCCGUCCAUCUCUCGAAGAUCUCAAGCGCGUAUCACGAGUAAAAAACAAUGCGGGCAUGUUCCGUGAUGGCGGAUCAGAAUAUGAUCCUGCGCAUGUCGCUUUACCCCAGAGACCGCUGGCCGCUGAUCGAUCGCCAAACCGCGACAGCCAAAUGAAUCUUGCCAAGUCACAAUUCGUCGAGGAGGAUGAUCCAGCACAUAUUCCGAGACCCAUCUCUCCAAGCAAAGAUCAACCUUCCCCCGGCAAAUCGUCGCUCUCUAAGGGCAGCCGAUAUGGAAAAGGCUUUGACCCUUCGCAUGACAUCUGGUCCGAGUAUGAUAACGCUGCCUACCAGAAGAGCGUCAAGUUUGACGCUGCACCCCCUCAGGUCAAUGAAUACGAGAUGCGCACUCCAGAUCCCUCUUCCAUUGCCUCGGGCUCCCGCGAGAACAGCUAUGACUCGGAAGAAGAUGCGGAUAUUAGCUUCGAGCAUGAGUCGUCUGUUGAACGGGAUGAUAGCUUCGAUGCGUCACUCGAAGAUAUUGAGAAGACCCCGGUAGUCCUACCCGAGGAUUGGCGUUUCAUGAGCCCUGGAAGUGCGAACGGUCAAGAUGAUUCCUUCGCUGAAAACACCGAAAACGACACCGCUGAGGAGCGUCCCAUGUCGCGAGGAGGAGACUCCAGCAGCCACUUGCGUGUCGAGUCUCUUGAUUCCAACGGAGAGCGCCGUCCGCUGCCACCGCUGCCAUCGGUUGCGCGCAUGUCGUUGUCUGGUUCACGACCAACCUCACCUGAGAAAUUGGCGGCCGCUUUCGAACUGGGCAGUGGUAAUCAGCGUGGUUUGCCGAAGGCCCCUCGGCCUGCAUCUUGCAGCAAGACUGACAUCAACGGUGCGAUAUCCUUGCAGGAGAGGCUGAGGCUCAUGAUGCUCCACGAGAAGCAGGGUGAUGAAGACGAGAAUGACAAGGAAAUCGAUGAGCCAUCAAGGGCAUCGUGCACAUCCGACCACGAUGCCUCGGCCCUUGACACCGAUACCCAAUUGGCCGAACCGUCCAACGGCGAUGUCUUCUCUCCUCCUCGAAUCUCCCGUGAUUCGAUCCUGCGAGACAUCCGCAAGAGCGAGAGAUAUGAUGACGAUGUCUUUGAUGAUGAUUCUCAGAUUGCCUCUAGCCCCAACCCUUAUGACCAUUAUGACCCUGACGUCCCGAUUCCGUCUCUGGAAAAUGAUGAUGACGACUCUUCCAGCGUAAUCAUCAAGGAGGAAGCGCAUGACGACGAUAUUUAUGCCAUCCCUGAUUACUACCAAAAUCUUUCGGACAAUAGCCUGUCUUCAAGAGACCAGCGAGCCAAGUAUGAUGAAGACAGCAGCUAUUCUCUCCGUGAGGCGGCGCAGGCUGCCGAAGAGGACAACUCUGGGCAAACCACCCCAAUCCCCGAGCAGCACAGUCAAGGUUUCCACGAGCACCAGCCAGAACAGCCAACAGAAGUUUCACAGCCUGCCGAAUAUCGUGGAUUGGAUCUUGCUUCUAUUCGCCGGUCUCUGGGGCGCCCUGUGACUCCUGAAAUCAACCAGGAACUCGAAGAUGACCUUUCGGAGCCCUCUACCCCGGAGUCAGUCAUUCGUCAUCCCAUUGAGGAUGAUGAGGAAAUGGAGGAAGAAUUCGAGAGUUCCUCCGAUGAGUCCGUUCCCGAGCCGGUCGCCACGAUCAAAGCCCCGGGUGCUGGCCUCAAGACCCGACCUUCACUGACUCCAGCUGAUAUGGAAUCAAUGGCUGCUACUCGCCGCAAGAUCAGUGGACAGCACGCGCCUCCAGUCCCUUCGCUUCCCCCGCAAGCCUCCAACGACUCUGAACGCGAGGACGAAAUUACAGCUCUGCCCCCGCAGCUGACCCUUCCAAACAACCCAUCUCAACGCCAAUCCAGCCUCAUGCAACUGGACAUUCCAUUCAGCAUCCAGGAGGAAAGCCUUGGAUCUGGUCUCGACAAGGAGUUUGACCGUGUUAUUGAAACCCAAAAGGUUGCGUUCCAACUCGCUCUUUCCAAAGUUGAUUGUCUUCCGGUGCCAGCUUCCCACGCGGAUCGCCCGCUGGUUUCCCGACCCCAAGGACUUCCCAGCUUUGCCAAUUUUGUCAAACCAGCUAACGUGUAUUGUAAUCAACAGAGAGGUUACCUCAUGCGGCAGAACACAAAGGUUGUCAUCGCCAACAAUCGCAACGACGAAGAGCCCACAACGCCUGGCGAAGAGUCGAUGCAGGACCCGCGCGGUACGCGCUCCGCGGGCUCUUCGCCUCGCAAGCCAAGCCAGCAGACCUGGACCACAGAGCCGUGGAAUGGCUCCAUGCGUCGCCCGAGUAUCAAGAUGGCCGGUGGCGUCCCAAAGAAAAAGCCUGUUCCUGGGGCUGGGGAUGUGCCCCCUCUCCCUGGGCAACAGAGCAAUGUCCGAGAGGCGCAGGCAACCAUCGAUGAGAAUGAGGCCCUUGUUCAAGACAGCUUUGAGGAAGGUGAAGAGCGCGGCCGCCUGUUUGUCAAGGUUGUGGGGAUCAAGUACCUGGAUCUUCCUCUUCCACGCGGCGAACGCUCCCACUUUGCCCUCACCUUGGACAAUGGUCUCCACUGCGUGACGACCUCCUGGCUCGAAUUGGGCAAGUCAGCUCCGAUCGGCCAAGAAUUCGAGCUCAUCGUACAAAAUGAUCUUGAGUUCCAGUUGACUUUGCAAAUGAAGGUCGACGAAAACAAACUCUAUCCACAAGAGAAUGCCGCCUCUCCCGCUCGCCAGAAGACGUCAGCAUUGAGCCGUGUCUUCGCAUCUCCUCGAAGACGCAAGGAGCUCGAGUUGAAGCAACAAAUGCAAUCUCAACAGUCCAAGGAUGUCAACGCCCCUGUUUACGACCGCCUCCGAAAUCUCGUCGCUCGGGAUGGAAGCUUUGGUCGUGCCUACGUGGCUUUGAGUGACCACGAAAAACGAGCCUUCGGCCGUCCACACGUUGUCGAUGUUGCUUGCUUCAACGAAUGGGCCGUAGACGAGCAGCCCAGCAGUGUGAAGAGUAAGAAGAGCGCGACUAGCGUGACCGCUCAGCGUCGACCGCCGUACAAGAUUGGCAAGUUGGAAUUGCAGUUGUUGUUCGUCCCCAAGCCGAAGGGUAGCAAGGAUGAUGACAUGCCCAAGAGCAUGAACGCCUGCAUUCGUGAGAUGCGCGAUGCUGAGAGUGUCGCUGCUCGCAGCUGGGAGGGAUUCCUCUCACAACAAGGUGGAGAUUGCCCAUUCUGGCGUCGCCGCUUCUUCAAGCUUCAGGGCUCGAAGCUGACAGCCUACCAUGAGACGACUCGCCAACCCCGAGCGACGAUCAACUUGGCCAAAGCCUCGAAGCUCAUCGACGACCGGUCAUCUCUCACUCAGAGGGAAACCAGCACUAAGAAUGGUGGUCGUCGAAAGUCGGCUUUCGCCGAAGAGGAGGACGGCUACAUGUUUGUCGAGGAGGGAUUCCGUAUUCGCUUUGGCAACGGCGAAGUGAUCGACUUCUACGCAGACAGUGCAGCAGACAAGGACGGCUGGCUGAGAGUCAUGUCGGAGGCUGUCGGCAAGGGAUCAUCCUCUGGAAACGGUGCGGUCAAACCCUGGGCUGAUCUUGUGCUCAAGCGUGAGCGAAGCAUGAAGACUCGUCGUUCCACAGCCGACCGCCUCCCAGUCGGCCCUCCUUCGCCUACUGGAAAACGACAGAGUAAUAUGAUGGGAGCUCCUCCAGCCUCAGCAGGAUCUGCAGCGGCGGUGCCUCCGUCCCCACGUCCCCGUCACACGCACACACUCUCUCAACCCGAGAUGAGCGGUGUUGACACUCGCCGGCAGAAGACCCGGUCCCUCAUGUUCUAA